GCGAAACUCGAACGGAUAGAGCAGAUGGUCCAACUACAUAACUUUUUAUUUUUCAUUACUUCUAUGGUCGUGCCUCGUGGCACGGCAGCACCCUUACUAUUGAAAUGGUUUGUCAGUAGAGAUGUUCCCACUGGUGCCCCUUUUUCCAAUGGGACUAUAAUUCCUAUUCUUAUCCCUUCAUUCCCUCUUUUGGUCUAUCUACAUUCUAGGAAAUUCAUACGCUCCAUGGACGGAGCAAAAAGUGGAGUCUUGGUCAAAGCAAGCCGCCCUAUUCUAUUACCAGACAUAAUUGGGAGAAGCUCAUCCGAAACUAGAGCUGGAAACGCCUCAUUUCGUUUCGUUCCCGUUCUUCAUUUCCUUCUUAUCGAAUCCAAGGGGGACUUCUCAUAUUUAGAAUCUUUCUACGGUGUGCUCUGUUUACUAUUUUUUCGUACUCUCUUCUCUUUACCACGCGAUAGGUCAGCAAAGCGUGAGUGGGCGCAGAGAAGGAAACGCAAAACACUUCGGCCUAAGCCUAACGGGAAUGAGCAAAAACGAAAUGACAAGAUGGGGUGCUCCGGGCACCCCCAUUUAGAAAGAAGGGUCGAAGGUUUUUGGCCUGUAGCUUUACCCGUCCCUCCUUCGUCGGGUGGUGCUUGUGUGGGGGGUGUGCCACCUGAACCUGAAAUCGGGCUUGAAGCUCUCGCCUUACAAACGAGCCGACAGUUGAUGGUUGUUGGUCAGGACUACCACCAAAAAGCUCCAAUGAAGAUGAAUAUUUCACAUUUUGGAGUGUGCAUCUGUAUGUUGGGUGUUCUUCUGUCGUGCGACCCGGCGGCUUAUGUGCGACCUGUGGCCCACGCCUCCUAUUUGUUCAGGGUGGGCGGCGUGAACUUUGACUUGAUCUGGGUAUUCAAUCCCGCCGUUGAGAUCCUCGCUGCUCGGAAACACCAAGUGUUGACCACACUGAGAGACACGAAAGCGCAGGUAAUGCCAGUUGGCGAAGUGGCGUUAAGCAUCCGUAGCGGUACGAAAAGAGAGGUCGUGAUGAUAUCAUCUACGUCCGUACCGCUCCUUCCAGGCCGUGAGCGCGGUAGGAACGGGCUUCCCAAAAAGCCAGCCCCAGGCUGGGGUCGGCAUAGAAUGAAGGGGACGGCCCUAAUGUUGUUGUGUUGGCAAAGCCAACUUCUUGGGUUGCGGGUGGAGAAGAGCGGACGUGGGGACUCAAACCGGGGCAAGCCUGGGAAUGGAAUUCGAGACUGUCUCACUCGGCCUCCUCGCAAGAACACACCUAAACGUAGUAAAACCCAGUUUCAACCUCAAACUCAUUCCAAGGCUGCUGCUACUAAUGAGGAUUCUUCUGAUCCUUCCUUUGAGUUAGUUAAAAGCCCUUCUCGUCAUAAGCUGCUCCUUCUCUAA